UUGUGUCGGGUGGGUCCAGUCCUCUGCUGCGUCGCCAUGAACACCCUUGGUCUUUUGUGCGCCUUUGCCGCCGUGGUCAGCUGCCAAGCUGGCUAUCUUGGCUCAUCCGUUGUGUCUCACGCGCCAGCUGCAGCCGUUGCCGUCCACGCUCCGGUUGCGCUAGCGGCCCCCUAUGUCUCCGUGGGACAUCACGAUCCCGUGCCACUGGCGCCUGCUGCGUCCCAGUACCACGCCCAGGACGAGCUCGGACAGUACUCCUUCGGCUACAGCGGCGGCCCCUCCUCCAGGAGCGAGAGCCGCGACGCCUACGGCAACGUGCGAGGCUCCUUCAGCUACGUCGACUCCUACGGCAACGUCCAGUCGCAGCACUACGUCGCCGACGACUACGGCUUCCGCGUGUCGGGCACCAACCUCCCCCGGCAUAAGCGCUCCUACGGCACCUACCCCGCCUCCACUGGCCCCCUGGCCACCGUGUCCCACGUGGCUCCUGUGGUUCACGCUGCUCCUACCUUUGUUUCGGCCGCCUCUCCUCUCGGGGGCUUCUCCUACGGACAUCACGCAGUCCCCUCCUUCGCCAGCUACAGGAGCCACGUGGCCCAUCCCUUCGUGAACGUACUUCGUCACAAGCGCUCCUACGGCACCUUCCCAGCCUCCACUGGUCCUCUGAGCACUGUGUCCCACUUGACUCCUGUGGUUCAUGCUGCCCCUGCGGUGGCCCCUGUGGUUCAUGCUGUGUCUCCUGUGGUUCAUGCUGCUCAUGCCGUGGCCCCUGUGGUCCAUGCUGGUCAUGCUGUGUCCCCUGUGGUCCAUGCUGCUUAUGCUGUGGCCCCUGCCUUUCCCCCACUUACGAGCUUCCCCUAUGGACACCACAGAGUUCCAUCCGUCACCAGCUACAGGAGCCACUUGGCUCACCCUCUGCUGACCAAAGCUGUGGACUACGUGACCGAGGGCCGUCAGACAGCUCCCUCGUGUCGGGUGGGUCCAGUCCUCUGCUGCGUCGCCAUGAACACCCUUGGUCUUUUGUGCGCCUUUGCCGCCUUGGUCAGCUGCCAAGCUGGCUAUCUUGGCUCAUCCGUUGUGUCUCACGCUCCAGCUGCAGCCGUUGCCGUCCACGCUCCGGUUGCGCUAGCGGCCCCCUAUGUCUCCGUGGGACACCACGCUCCCGUGCCACUGGCGCCUGCUGUGUCCCAGUACCACGCCCAGGACGAGCUCGGACAGUACUCCUUCGGCUACAGCGGUGGCCCCUCCUCCAGGAGCGAGAGCCGCGACACCUACGGCAACGUGCGAGGCUCCUUCAGCUACGUCGACUCCUACGGGAACGUCCAGUCCCGAUCCUACGUCGCCGACGACUUCGGCUUCCGCGUGAUUGGUACCGACGGACUUCGGCACAAGCGCUCCUACGGCACCUACCCCGCCUCCACUGGCCCCCUGGCCACCGUGUCCCACGUGGCUCCUGUGGUUCACGCUGCUUCUGCCUUUGUUUCGGCCGCCUCUCCUCUCGGGGGCUUCUCCUACGGACAUCACGCAGUCCCCUCCUUCGCCAGCUACAGGAGCCACCUGGCCCACCCCUUCGUGAACGUGCUUCGUCACAAGCGCUCCUACGGUACCUUCCCAGCCUCCACUGGUCCUCUGAGCACCUUGUCCCACGUGACUCCUGUGGUUCACGCUGCCCCUGCAGUGGCCCCUGUGGUUCAUGCUGCUCAUGUUGUGUCCCCUGUGGUCCAUGCUACUCGUGCUGUGUCUCCUGUGGUUCAUGGUGCCCCUGUGGUCCAUGCUGCUCAUGCUGUGUCCCCUGUGGUUCAUGCUCAUUCCGUGGCCCCUGCCUUCUCCCCACUUACGAGCUUCCCCUAUGGACACCACAGAAUUCCAUCCGUCACCAGUUACAGGAGCCACUUGGCUCACCCUCUGCUGACCAAAGCUGUGGACUACUAA